CAUCCCCCUUUCUUCCGUCUUAUCCAUCAUUUCCUCUAUUUCUCUCUUCAGCAAUUUUCCUUUCUUUCUUUUUUACUCAGUCUGGUUACACAACCCUUUUCGGCGUUUUCAAUUUUCACCCUCCUUGAGUGAACAUUUCCCCUGCACAAUCAUUGGUAAAUAUUCUAGGACAAUUGACCCUCCGUCAUUUUGAGUGAUGAAUACUCUUUUCUUUAUAUCCUUCUUCUUAAACAUAUGCCUUAGAGCUGCUUGUGAUUCCUUGCCAAUCUAUCAGCAUCAGCCUUAUGUUUCCAAGACACAGGGAGCCCGUUUCAACAACGCAGAUUCAGAUUCAUCCUCUUCCGAAUACGUAAUUACCCAAUCUAAUGGGUUUUUGGCCAAGUAUAGCUAUUUGGAAGCCGUUGGAGAAGAUGACAGUUCGGACACCAAUUCAACUGGCACGCUUAUUUUAGCAACGAAGACAUCGCAGCCUUCGUCACUCACUUUGACCAAUCGACUAAACAUGGAGUACUAUAGCAUCAUCAAGAUCGGCACGCCCCCACAGGACUUCCGGGUCCAAAUCGACACUGGCUCUACGGGUUUAUGGAUCGCGACCUACAACUCGAGCAUGAAAGAAAGUCUUGAGAACACCGACGUCGGGGGCUCAUUAUUCUAUUAUAAAAAGUCAUCAACUUUCCAAUCUUCUGAUGUGGCCUACACAAUCCCUUAUGCGGAUUCUUCCUAUGCAUCAGGGAUAGUCGUCUAUGACACAGUCCAGCAAGGCUCUUACUCAGUCAAGGACCAGCCUUUUGGAGCUAUGACUGUCACUUCGAAAGGCAUGUUUGAAGGAAGUGCUUCCGGAAUCCUCGGAUUGUCUUUCAAUGAUGACAGUGCGAAUAAUGGGAUAUACCCUUUCUGGCAAAAAGCCAAAAUCGACAUGUUUUCUAUCAGCAUGUCUGGCUUCAAGGACGCCCCAUUAUCGAAGACAGACAGUCCGGAUAAACCCGAACAACCAGGCGGAGUGUUCACACUCGGCGGUGUCGAAAAAUCGCUUUACACUGGCGACAUUAAUUACGUUCGGCUGUCUUCUACCACCCAUUGGCAAAUUCCAAUCGACGGAUUAAAAUUCAAUGGCGCACUUAUCGAUAAUUCGCAAAGCGACAGCGUCAUGAUUGAUUCUGGUACCAGCUUAAUUGGCAUCCCUGCACCUCUGGUUCACGCAAUUUAUCAAAACAUUCCUGGAGCAACCGCCGGAAAGGGAGCUUACAAAGGAUAUUACCACUUCCCCUGUGACACAAAUCCACAACUCAGUAUGGUUUUCGGUGGGAUAGAGUACGCGAUUUCAGCCGACAACUUCAAAGCGCAAAAGGUUCAAGGUGAUGAGAGUCGAUGCUACGGUUCGUUAUUCUCAACGAGCUCCGUCAAUGCCGCCGUUGGGAAAGCAACCUGGAUCGUUGGCGCGUCCUUCCUGAGAAACGUCUACGCGGUCUUUAGAUCCUCGCCAUCACCAGCCAUCGGCUUUGCUAUUCCUGUCCAAAACUAUCCCGAUAAGCUGCAGUCCAUUCAAUGGCAGCCACAAACCGCGGCUGCUAAAUCGAAAGCCAGCCCCAGCUCCACCUUGACUGUUCCUCAUCAUCUGGUAGCUUGGACCUCGUUUCUUCUGGGUGUUUUUUGGCUGUUUCUAUGA